ACUGAAACACAAAAUGGAUACACCAGUUCGAAAACGACGCUCUUUACGUGUUGUUGCCUUUGCAUCCGUAGCUUUUUCAACUAUUUCCGUGAUGUGUUGUGUAAUUACGUUACCUAUUAUUUACAAUCAUGUACAAAGUGUGCAGUCUUUCAUGCAAAAUGAAGUUGAUUAUUGUAAGACACGUUCGCGUGAUAUGUGGAAAGAGAUGGUACAACUUCAUACUAUCACUUCACCUGCAUCGAUUACAGCUUCUAUAUCACGUAGAAAGCGUCAAUAUGAUGCUGCAGGAAUUCAAGUAGACCAAGCAGUAAAUGCUCCAACUAGUGGAAGUUGCUGUACUUGUCAAAUCGGACCUCCAGGACCUCCUGGACCACCUGGACCACCUGGACGACCAGGUAAUCCGGGACCGCCAGGCCGAGAUGGUACAUUGCUUCCUGGACCACCUCCCAAGCCACCAUGUCAGAAGUGUCCACCAGGACCACCUGGACCACCUGGACCUCCUGGACCCAAAGGUUUACCUGGGCCGCAAGGGGAUGCUGGAAUUCCUGGGUUGGAUGGUGCGCCUGGCCUACCUGGACCACCGGGACCUCAAGGACCACAAGGACCACCGGGAUUUCCUGGAGAAAAAGGACCGCCGGGGAAACCUGGAAAAAUUAUAAAUGGAGCACCACCUGGUCCGCCAGGACCUCCUGGACCACCUGGCCCACAAGGGCCUCCUGGACCCCCAGGAAGAGAUGGUAAACCAGGUAAAGCAGGACCUCCUGGACCACCAGGUGAUCCUGGUGAAAAGGGUGCGGACGGUUUACCAGGACCUCAUGGACCACCGGGACCAAGAGGGCCACCAGGGCAACCUGGCUCUUGUGAUCAUUGUCCACCACCCCGAACUGGUCCUGGUUAUCGUCAACGAUAAAG